ACAGUCUUCCAAACAACUUCCAGUUCAUUCCGUUAACGACAUUUUUAAAAGUAGGAAGUGCUGUUGAAUCCGGUCCAAUAUGGCUCAUUGCAGUUAUAAAUGGGUGUUUACAGUGUUCGUGUUUUUCGAUGUUGUCAAAAAUGGUUAUUCAACCAUCGACACUGGGAGGGACGUAUCAAAUUAUGUAAUUGAGUAUAUUAGGUCUCCUAAUUCUCAAAAUAGGAGUACAGCAAAUGUAGAAGUUGAGAAUAACUUAUAUCCCAUUGUCGAUUCUUCAAAUUUGUUGAAUGGUGACGGAAGAGAGGGAGUCUCAAAUGGAGUUAUGAGGUCAGAAGAGCCCAACAUAUCAUUUAUCAGAAAAAUAAUAUUUUCCGCUUUGAAUUCGAGUAAAGAAAAAGAAAUUGAGAAAGCCAAUGGUUUUCAUGAGACGUCAAGAAAUACGGUACACGAAGGAGUAGGAAAUCUAUACGAUAAUAAUUUAGCUACCAGAGAUGGAAGUGAAAUAAAAACAAUACAAGGUAAUGAGGGUGAAGAUUUGGCUUCCUCAGGACCAGCUUCAAAGGACAUCAAAAGGAAGAUUAUUGGAAAUGAAUUGAACAUUCAGGUUCAGGUGAAAUUUGAGUAUGACACAAAUAUCAUACCAUCGGAUAUUCAAAAUUAUGCAUCACCAGGGAAUCCUGUCAAUAAAAAAAUGUUGGUCAACGAAAAAUCAAAAGAUUACAGGAAAAAGGGCGAAGCAUCCAAUCUUCAGAAGAAGAAUUUGGAUACAAAUCUGGAGAUUGUUAUUGGUGAUCUUGAUAGACAAUUAUCCCAGAAAAAGAAACCAUUUCACGAUUUUCUUCUCAGUACUAAAUUUGGCGAUUUACAUCCUGAAAUGGAUACCGAAACUAACAUUAACGCCGUUCCUGAAAAUAAUUAUAAUACAUUUGCUAGAAAUAAACGCACUGAAGAAAUAUCUCAAAGUAAAACCAGUAAUGACAUUCGGUCUAAAUCAGUGGGUUCGAAUGGAAAAAAUAAUACACCGAAAAUAACGCUGAAAUCAAGUUUUCCUGAUAGUUAUCCAGCUGAAUCCGCAGUUCCAGGAGAAAAAAAUAGCCCUCCAAAAAUUUCUUUGAGAUCAAGCUUCCUCGACAGUUAUCCAUCUGAAUCGAAAGAACGUGAAACUAAUGCUAUUCUUGACGAAGCUCACACCUACAAAGAUUCCACUACAGUGAUGUCUGUGGACUUGAACAUUGCGGAAGCACAAGUUGUUAAAAAAGAAAUUGAAGAUGUUGUACGGGAGAUGGAAAAACGGCUAGAAAAGUUUAUGUAUGUGCAAAUUGCUCUUGCUCUGGUUAUGUUCAUCAGCUCCAUCAUCACAUUAGUUUACGUCUUGAUAUCAACGAAGAAACGAAGAAGGAAAAGUGGUAGGAAUGAAUCCAGUGAUAUUCCUUGAGGUAUUAGAUCUCUGCACUACCAAAGAUCUUCUUACUAUGAACUAGAACAGAUAAAGGGGUUUGUUUUAUAUUUUUAGGACAAAAUGACUGCAUCGGUAUGUGAGGAUGGAGACGGUAAAAGAGUUUGAGAAAUGUAAAUAUAUUAUUUAUAAACUAGCUGAUUUGUGAUAUUCAUAUUUAUUGUAUUGAUUUUUAUAAAAUUGUUGCUUUAAUGUGACCACAUUGUGUUAUAUUGAUAUUAAUGAUAAAACUGUUGUUUCAAACAUGCACUCAUUGUUAAAAUGAAUGUUUUCUACCAAACUUCAUACUUGUAUGUCGGAUUUCCGGUGACUAUAAAAUAUAAGUAAGUAUCUGACACGGAAAAUUCCGUACCUCCUCAGAAUUAUCAAAUAUAGUAAGUUUUUGUACUCUU